CGGGUCACCGUCACUCGCACUCCGGUUAUACACAUACACACAAUUACGCGUCCCUCUCCUCCCCGCCGGUCAUCAAACGUAACCACUACAGCACUGCCAGUGCCACAACCAUCACCAUCACCGUCACGGCGUCACCAAACCAGCCUGCGCGCCAGCCUCGCCAGUCGCGGUUAGUCCCGCCACAACUUCCCCCCCUACCCACCAAUCACUCAUAGCAUCACAAAUUCACAACAAGAGGUGUCGACGCCGCCGCAGCCGAGUUCAGCCGACGCAUCCCGCCAUCCCCUCGCAAAGCCCACCAUAACAACUAACAAGUAACAAUAUCACUCGUACGGGUGUCCGCCAUAUUUUGCGCGUUUUCGUUACUGGACCGUCUCGGCCAACCGGCCGCACCGCGCGCGUUGUCAUUGUAACGCCGCCGCCGUAACGACGGCAGACAACCGCUCCAAUAAUAUUACGAUUGCUCGUUAAGCGAUUACGCUCAAUCAAUCGAUAACUAACGCCGCUGUGUAGCGCUGUUCCUCGUAUCCGAUGUCUGUUGAGAUACGAACUAUGAACAGUGUCCGACGACGGAGGCAUGACGUGAGCUACGGAACCGCUAGCUCGGCACAUUGACGGGUGGCCGCCGACGGACGUCUCAGCGAUCGGGGACCGUGGAUUCCAGUUAAAUUAGUCAUCAAGAAUCAAAAUCAAAAUGAACGAAGUUAAUAUGACCAAUAAUCAAGAUAUAAGUAUGCAAUCAUGUACUAUAAAUGAUGUAUGCAGAUUAUGUGCAAAUUUUGAUGAAAAUUUGAUAUCAAUAUAUGCUGAUGAAGGAGCAGACCAUAUGUUAGAAAAUAAAAUAAAAACCCAUCUUCCAUUUAUAAAUAUUUCUGAAGAUGAUUUAUUACCUAAAGGAGUAUGUUAUCAUUGUGCGUCUGCUGUGCUUGUAUGGAAUGAGUUAUAUGAUUGCAGCAGUGAGGCAGAUCAAAAACUUAGAAAUAUGUUUGAACUUAAUCCAUUUGACCAAAAUCAGUGCAAGGUGGAUAUUCAAGAUGACGAAAGGUUAAACCCAACAUUAAAAAGCGAAAUAUCUGACAUAAUGUUUGACAGAGAAGUGGAUAACGAUUCUGUGGACGACAAUAUGUACCUGAAUGCAGCUGGUCUCGACGAUGACAUAAAUGGUUUGAUGAAUUGCCAUCGGCUGGAAGACAUUUCGGUGGUGGACGAUUGCAACCUCGUGGUGCCGAAACAAGAGUACCUGGACGUCAUGGGAGGAAACAGCAACCACGUAGAUGUAGUUGACCAUCAACUGUCCACUGAAGCAAACGUCAACUCGGUUUGCGGAGGAGACGAUAUCUCUAAUCACAACGAUUGUGAUGACUUUAAACCACUUAUGGAUUCGAUUAACGUCAAUGACACUGAGGAUGGUGAAAUGGAUGACCUGCAAAAAGAUGGUCACGGAAGCAAUGGAAUCAACUGUGAAAUGGACGAUGAGAACGAAGACGAGGAUGAAGAUGAGGACGAGGACUGCAACCAGCUAAGCAACAUGCAGGUGAGACAGUUGUACUUGAGCAGUUCAUUGGACGGAGCCUCCUUAGAUGAGGACGAACAACAACCGGAGACCAUGUGCCAGAUAUGUGCGACCGUAUUCAAGACCAGGUACAACCUGUUACGGCACUUUCAGAAGCGGCACCCCGAGUUCAAGAUGUUUGAGUGCGAUCUAUGUCGUAUCAGCUUCUCGUCCGUUAAACAAUUCAAGAACCACCUUGAAGAGAAACACUCCAAGAUACACCCCACGAGCACAAUCGACUCAAAGCAAGUGCGUUUCGCGUGUGACGUGUGCGGUAACAUGUACAAGAAUAAGGCAUCUGCUAUGAACCACCUGCUGACGCACACCGCCAAAAAGACUGUGCGCUGCACCCACUGUGACUUCACGUGUUAUACUAAGCAACAGCUAGGCGUGCACCAGACCAAGCACGAUAAGCGGUUCGUGUGCGACAUAUGCCACAAACGGUUCGCACAAAAAUCACAGUUGGACGUGCAUGUCAACGCAGUCCACUACAACCAAAGGCCGUUCUCGUGCGUGCUUUGUAACAAGACGUUCAAGACUAAGGGGUCGCAUGACGCUCACAUGAUUGUGCAUACAGACACCAGAAAUUAUCAGUGCCCGCACUGCGAUAAAAAGUGCCGGAAGCGGUAUGAUUUAACGUUGCACAUCCGGACUCAUACGGGUGAAAAACCGUUUAAGUGCAGUGUGUGUGGACGUGGGUUCGUGCAGAUGUGCGAUACGCGCAAGCAUGAGAUGCUCCACUUUAAGCCGGGCAAACGGAAAAACUUAUUGUUUGAGUCUUCGGAGGUGGGAAUGGCCGACGACGAAUGACAUACGGUGGCAGUGGCAGCGAGCGCGGCUGACGACGAUGAUGGUGAUGACGAUGAUGACACCACCAACAACAACUCAAUUCUAUCACUACUGUCACCACCUACAUCACCUCUCAUCACCAACACAAUGACGCUUAACUGAUAGAUCCCACUGUAUUUUGUUUUUAGAUUAAAUCUUAAUUGUAACAUAUUAUUUUAUAAAUAUUUGUAUAUAGAUAUAUUUUUUGUAUUUUACUGUAUUUUUUUUAUGUUAUACAUUUUUAAAUAACAUUCUUACAAAUUGUAUUAUUUUUAAUUAGUCAAAGUUCCUUUUCCACAACAUUUACAUAGGAACAAGCAAUUAUUAAACCCAGGUGAGUUAGAGAAUUAUAACCUAAGGUUAUUUCUUGUAAACUCAAAUAAAAUAAUUUGUCUGUUUUAAUAUACUUUCAAUUUGAUUUUUCUUCUAAUCACCAAGUUAAGUUGAGUAUUGAAAAGUGCAAAAAUAUGUUAAUAUGUGUAAUUAAGUAUUUUUAUUAUAUCUGUGUAAUGUAUGCAUAUAUUUUAAUGUUGAUAAUGUAUAACACUAUGUAUUAAAAUCUUUACUGAAUUGAAUUUUGUUUGUAAUUUAUAAAAAUAAAUACCUUAAGUACUA